UGAAUUGUUCACGGACACGGGUAAACUAGCGACCAACUUGGUCAAUAAGCCCACAACUGCCCGUCCUUCCUCAAGAGUCCCCUCUCCUUCCUCUCCAAGAAAAGUAGAGCCAAACCAAACCAGCAACAAACUCCGCCACGCCGCCUGCGCCCCCACACCCACGCCGCCUCCCUCUCUCCCCUUCGCGAGCACCGGCGGAGGACCGCGGAGCGCGACGAUGGUGCUGCCACUGAUGAAGCUCGGCUUGCUCGCGUUCCGGACGCUGAGCAAGCCCGUCGCCAAUAAACUCAAGCGCAACGCCGGCAUCCACCCCAGGUUCCGCGGGUUCAUCAUCGACGUCGCGCAGGCAAACCAUCGUUUAGCAACAAACAUGCAGAGGCGGCUUAUUGGACGUGCGACUGACAUUCACAUCCGGCCCCUGAAUGAAGAGAAAGCUAUUCAAGCUGCUACAGAUCUUCUUGGUGAACUGUUCAUUUUCUCGGUUGCUUGUGGUGCAAUAAUCUUUGAGGUUCAUAGAAGUGGCAAGUCAGAAGCCAGAAAAGAAGAGGCCCGUAAGAAGGCACUGGAGGAAAUAAAGGAGAAGAUGGAGGAGCUCGAGAGAGAAAAGCAGAUGAUGAAGCUGAGGGUGGCCGAGGUGGAGCGGGUGACGAGGGUAGGGGGAGGGUGGCCGUGGGUUCUUCCAAGGGCCUUCACUUCGGGCGCAGCCCAGCCAGAGCCAGAGCCAGAGCAAGCAGCUCAGCAGCCCACGGCUGCUUAGCUGCCGAUGGCAGAUGCAGAUCGCCUCCGUAGGCAGUUCCUUAAAUGAUUCCAUUCCAUCGCGUUGGAAAACCAGCGCUGAGAUUUGUGUAGCGCGUGUUGUGAAUAGUUUGUCCCGAGAGGUUUGGUCUGAAUUGGAGCUGUCGAUGGAGGAUGAUAUAUUCCUUUCUUUCUUUUGUUGACAUCAGAGGAUGAUAUGUUCCUGGUAGUAACGAGGUGCCUGGAAUUGUAGUUACUUCGUAUUCAGACUUAAGAGUUAUACUAAUAUUAGAGAGUAAUCAA